UCAAGAGCUUAUUUCAAUAUUACGCACUCACUUCUUGCCCAUCUCAGGAUAAAUCCUAUUGAAGAAGAUGACACUGGGGAAUACAGAUGUCGAGUUGACUUUAAGAGAGGAAGGACUCUAAGCAGAAUGGUCAAGCUGAAUGUGAUAGUUCCAGUAAAGCGAAUUGUUAUUAAAGGAAAAGGCAACAUAACAUAUUCAGGAAUGAUAGGUCCUUUCAAAGAGGGGGAAACGUUGACGUUAAUUUGUGAAGCAAGAGGUGGUUUUCCAACCCCCGUAUUAACGUGGCGCAGAGGUUCUAGAAUUCUGCCUUCCACAACAUCUGUUGAUGAGCAAGGAAUAGUGAGGAGUGAGUUAAUAUUCACAAAUAUAAGAAGAGAAGAUCUUUUAACUGUUUUGACUUGCCAGGGUUCAAAUAAUAACAUAACUGGUCCAAUUUAUACAUCAGUAACUGUCGACAUGAAUUUGAAACCACAAAGGAUUCAAAUUACGAGUUUACUUUCUGCCUUAAAAGCGGGAGAGCAAGUAGAAGUCAACUGUCAAACUGAAGGGUCAAGGCCACCUGCAAGAAUAUCCUGGAGAAAAGGCCCGGAAAGAAUAGAUCACAUGGCUAUUCAAAACAUAUUUGGAAGCAUUACAGUCAGUACUUUAAGUUUCAAGGCAAGUGCCGCAGAUCACGGCAAGUUAUUGAUUUGCGAAGCUCAAAAUCCUAAACUUCCAGAAAGUGCCUUACAAGACAGUUGGAUGCUUAACGUCUUAUAUCCCCCUCAACUGUCUCUUGUCUUUGGUGCGAGUGAACAAUAUGAACACCUACGAGAAGGAAGUGACGUUUAUUUUGAAUGCAAUAUCCAGGCGAAUCCUGCUGUAACGGAUGUUAAGUGGAAAUUUCAGGGCAGACAUUUAAAUCCUAAUCCACUCAAAGGAAUAGUGAUUCUCAAUCAUUCUCUUCUACUACAUAAUGUGAGUCGGUAUCACAGGGGCAUGUAUCAGUGCCAAGCAUUCAACGCCCAAGGCAAGGGCAAGAGUGAAGAAGUUGUGCUAAGAAUACAGUAUGCUCCUGUAUGUAGUGAAAAGCAACGCCAAAGCUAUGGUGUUGCUAAGAAUGAAGAGAUUGAUGUGAGUUGUUCUGUGGAUUCUGAUCCUCAAGACAUUGUAUUUUGGUGGAUAUUUAAUAAUACUGGAGCAGAGACUAGAACCAUCAAAACAUUUGACAAUAAUUUAAUGAAGAAUAGAAGCAUUGUGAAGUUUGCUCCAGAAACACAAAUGGAUUAUGGUGCUCUGUAUUGUUUUGCUAAAAACUCCGUUGGAACCAUAAAUGAGCCUUGUAUUUUUCAUAUAGUGCCUACAGGUCCUCCAGAAUCACUGCAGAACUGUUCCAUAAUGAAUCAAACUUUUAACUCAUUAUCAUUUUUGUGCGAAGUGGGAGAUGAUGGAGGAAUGAAACAGACUUUCCAUUUAGAAGUCUACAGUAUGAGGAAAGAACUGUUGCUUGCUAAUAUCACCCAGUAUGAAAGUCCGAAUUUCACAGUGAGAAACUUACCAGCCGGAACAGCAUUUGUUAUUGCUAUUUAUUCAUCGAACAAUAAAGGAAGAAGUUCCACAGUGGUGCUAACAGCCGCAACUCUUUAUUCCACAGCUAUGCAAAUAGAGGAAAAGAACCGGAGUAUUAUUGGAAUUGUUUUAUUGGUUUCAUUAGCGGCAGUUGGAACAUUAGCGCUUCUGGCUGCAGCUGCACUUGUUACAGUUUUUAAGAAUAAAGCAAGGAGUCCAACUAGAGAAGAACUUCCAAUUCACAGAAGCCUACAUUUGAAAAUGGAAACCCUUGCGCUUAUCACGGAAAAGAAGUUACAACAGAAUACAUCCAUUUGUCUCAGUCAGCAUCUGAAUGUAUUUAUGAACAAUUCAUGAGUGGUAGAACUGCUUCAUUUGAGACAGUGCUUUGCAAAGCUCAUGUACUGAAUGAAGAAGGAUUAGAGGUUAUUAUCCCCGUCAUUGAACGAUGAAAUUAUGCUAUGGUCAUGUAAGGACUCAAAAAUAUUCAGCAAAUAACUUAUCUUCAUUUGAAACAUUAAAAUAGACAUGACGGAUUUCUGAAUUUGAAGAUCCCGUGCUAUUUUUCCCAAUGUGAUUUUUAUCUUUGAUACCUAAUGAUAGAAGAUCAAAAAUGAGUUCAAUGCAGAGCGUUAAAAUAGUUCUUAUUAGAAGGAAAGCGAACUAUAAGUGAAUGUAAGAGUAAUGAACACUACAAGAAAAUAAAGAAAAGAUUGAACACUUGGAUUUAAUGGAAUUUUGAAUAGUUUUGUUGUAUUGAAAAAAUAAUUUUAUUUUCGUUUAAAUUUUAAUAAUCGGUACAAAGAAACUAAUACCAAAAAUGAACAAUGUAAAUUCAUACGUAAAUUUUUUCACCUCAAAUUCACGUAUUUUAUCGGUAGUUAUUAUCACGUAUUUUAUUAAAAUGUUACAAAUUUUAAAAAACAUUGAUUGUUGUGAAAUUUUUCAUUUCAAAAAUAUCUUUACGUAUAUUUUUAUAAACAUUUUACUGAAAUUGCUUUCAAAAAGCAGAGUGCCAUGUUUAUAAAUGAAUUUUGAUACUUGUAAAUAACUGUGAAUGUAAAAAUUGAACAGAGUUACGAAAUAAAUUUUACACUGUUUUUA